AUGAUAAUCCGCUCGCUUUACUACUUCGGCGACGGCCCCACGAUCACCAGCAAGAAGUUUGAUCAGCCGCUGGAGAACAUCUUCUACUUCGAUGACUCCGACGUUGUCCUAGGACGAGAUAGCGACAAGGGUGACGUUUGGCGUAGCCCCGAUGCUGGGGAGACGUGGGAGAAGGUCGAUGACGACGGUCAAGCUGGCAAGGCCUGGGACCUAUGGCCGCACCCAUGGGACAAGCACCGUGCCUACAUCUUGAGCGCAUCGACCGAGCAUUGGAUCACGACCGAUCGAGGCGAGACGUGGCGGAAGUUCAAGUCUAAGAGCAGUCCAGAUAUCUUUCGCUCUACGCCACUCAACUUCCACGGUCGAGAUGCGAAGAAAGUUAUAUGGAAUGGCGAGGUCUGUGCGGGCUUCCUCUGCGAGCAAGCCGCAUACUACACCGAUGACGACUUCGAAACUGUCCAUAUUAUGGGUACGAUGACAAGAGGUUGCCAAUGGGCUGUAGCUACCGAGCAAUUCGGCGAAAACGCAGAAGACCUGCACGAGAACCGGAUAUUUUGCAUUGCUGAGGGCCUAUACUCGCCAUGGCAGACCGAUAACAGGCUAUUGAUGUCAGACAACUACUUCGACGGGCACACUGGUAUUGAGGUUGGUCUGGAUUCAGGACGGCCGAUCACGGGCAUUAUCAGCAUGGCUCCCGCCAAAAAUUUCCUCGUUGCAGCCGCCAAAACAUCGGGUUCAGAUGAGCUUGCAUUAUUUGUGACAGUGGACGGAUCGCAAUGGCAUCGUUGCGAAUUUGGCCAACAUCGCAUCGAAGAAGGCGCAUACACCAUCCUCGAAAGCACAAACUACAGCAUGCAAGUUGACGUGCUCGGCUCGAGACCUUCCAACCCGCUCGGUUAUCUGUUCACUUCUAACUCAAAUGGCACAUACUUUACCCGAAAUAUCGACUACACCAAUCGUAAUCAGUACGGACGCGUCGACUUCGAGAAGAUCUCCAAUAUACAAGGAAUCGUUUUGGUCAACACAGUCGAUAAUUGGAAGGAGGUCGAGCAGUCGACUAUUGAGGAGAAGAAGGUCAAAUCGCAGAUCAGCUUUGACGACGGUCGCACGUUCCAAGAGAUGCGAGUUGACAAGCAUGACCUCCACUUGCACUCCGUCACAGAUCAAAGGCAAGGAGGUCGAAUCUUCUCUAGCCCGGCUCCUGGCAUAGUAAUGGGCAUCGGUAACACAGGCAAGCACCUGAAGCCUUACGAAAAGGGUGACCUCUAUGUCUCAGACAACGCUGGCGUAGCAUGGACGAAAGCUUUGGAUGGUCCCUAUCUAUACGAAUUCGGUGGCCAAGGCGGCGUCCUCGUCGCGAUCAGUGAUGACGACGAGACUGAUGUGAUCCACUGGUCCAUCGAUCAUGGACAAAAGUGGGAGAAGACGGAUCUUGGUGUGAAGAUUCGAGCCAAAGUGCUCACCACUGCACCUGAUUCGACGACGCUUAAAUUCCUUGUCAUGGGCGUCAGAGAUGACGAUUGGCACAUCAUCAAAGUCGACUUCGGCGGCCUGCAUGAACGUGCUUGCAAGAAAGACGACUUUGAGGUGUGGCCGGCCCGUGUCGACGAAGAUGGCAAGGCCAGCUGCAUUAUGGGCCAUAAACAGUACUUCCGCCGCCGGAAACCAGAUGCCGACUGCUUCAUUGAUGAUGAGUUCAAGGAUCCUGUUCCAGAAUUUGAGCCUUGCAAGUGUACCAAGGCAGACUUCGAAUGCGACGUCAACUUCGUGCGGUCAGAGGAUCGAAAGUCUUGCGAGCCUGCGGUACCUCUGUCAGUUCCUGAAGGAACGUGCAAGAACAAAGAUGACACGUUCAAGGCUUCUUCGGGAUGGCGACUUAUCCCUGGUAAUGAGUGCGAGCGAUCAGGUGGCGAAUCAUUCGACAAAGAUAUCGACAGGCCAUGCGGCGACUCGGUUGAGAAGCCAUCCACCGGCACCGAUAAGAUCAGGGUCGAGAAGACUCCAUUCAAGAGUGAUGCCUUCAAUGAGUGGCACUACCUUGAGAAGUCUGGACUAAGUGAGCGGGAGGGUGAAACUGUCAUCAUGCGAACUGGCAACGACGUUUACAUCACCAAAAACCACGGUCGAACGUGGACACCAAUUCUGAAAGAUGAGAAGGUGGUCCAAAUCCAGCCACACCCAUUCUUUUCGGAGCGUAUCUUCUUCUUGACCGACAGCAACAAAGGCAGAAAAGUCUACUACACAGUUGACGGUGGCGACAAAUUUGGCAGCUUCGAUGCGCCCGAGCCGCCAUCCGGGAUCUCGGGAACGAAGCUCAAGUUCCAUCCCGACUACAAAGAUUGGCUGCUUUGGUCUGGUGCGAAAGAUGGACACACGAAUGUCUAUUACUCCGAAGAUCGUGGAGACGACUGGAAGACACUACGCCGCUACGUUCGCUCGUGCGAUUUCAUCCCGAAAGGCAAUGACAACAUGGCCGAUAGAGAGGAGAAUGAAAGGCUGAGACAGCUCGUUUACUGCGAACAAUAUGAGGACGAGAAUCCCGAAAAGAAUCUCCAGCUUGUCUCCAGCGACACCUUAUUCAGAGAAUCGCCUCAAGUCCAUUUCGACGACAUCCUGGCAUAUGCCACAAUGGCUGAGUUCAUCAUUGUUGCCGCGAAGGAAGACGACGGCAAGGGACUCAAGGUGGAUGCUAGCGUUGAUGGCAGAAUUUUCGCGGCUGCUCAAUUCCCCAAGAACUUCCAGGUCAAUCACCAGCAAGCCUAUACUGUCAUGGACAGCUCCACGCAUGCCGUGUUCCUCCAUGUGACCGUCAACCCAGCAAAAGACAAGGAGUAUGGCAGUAUUCUCAAGUCAAACAGCAACGGAACCUCAUAUGUGACUGUCCUUAAUGGGGUCAACAGGGACACUCCAGGAUACGUUGACUUCGAGAAGAUGCACGGACUCGAGGGUGUUGCUAUGGUCAACGUGGUGGCAAAUAUCGACAAGGUCGAGAAGGGUGAAAAGAAGCAGCUCAAGUCGAUGAUCACACAUAACGACGGUGCCGAAUGGACUUGGCUGCCGCCUCCCAAAGACAGAGCCGAAGGCGGAAGCUAUAAAUGUGUCAACUCACCGAAUGUCGCCACGGCAGAUUGCGCCUUACAACUCCACUCGUACACCGAGCGUGCCGACAAGAGCGCUACAUUCUCGUCGCCAAGUGCCGUCGGCCUUAUGAUCGCGGUUGGCAACGUUGGGUCUGAGUUGCUGCCCAAGGACUCGGACGAGACAGACACUUUCAUCACCUCCGAUGCUGGCAUCACAUGGCGGUCCAUCAAGAAAGGCUCAUACCUGUUCGAGUACGGCGACCAAGGCUCAAUCAUUGUAAUCGUCCCAGAAAGUACCCCGACCAAAACUCUCUUCUACUCUCUCGACGAAGGCAAGUCUUGGACCGAGCACGAGUUCUCUGACAAGAAUAUGCACAUCGCCGCCAUCACUACGGUCCCGUCCGACCGCAGCAUGAACUUCCUCCUCUGGGGCGAUGAAGUUGGCGGCAGCGGUAUCUUCACCGUGGCCCUAGACUUCUCCGCUCUUGCCGAUCGAGAACGCGAGUGCAACUUUAGCGAAGAGAAGCCUGAGAAUGAGGACUACUACCUUUGGGAACCACGUCACCCGGCCCAGGAUAACAACUGCCUUUUCGGCCACAUCUCAACCUACCACCGCAAGCGCGACGACGCGAAAUGCCACAACGGCAGGACGCCGCUUCCACAACUUCACGAGAUCAAGUCGAACUGCUCCUGCACACGCUCCGACUUCGAAUGCGACUACAACUACGAGAUGAAGCCCGACGGCUCAUGCGCGCUCGUUCCCGGUCUCGACCCGCCAGACCAUAGCCUCAACUGUCAGAAGAACCCCGACCAGAUCGAGUUCUUCUACCUACUGGCUAUCGGCGGCCGCGAGUUCGACAAAUCCGAAGCCCUGCCCUGCGCGGGUCACGAGGAAGAGUUCAACAAGAAGCACGGCCUUUCUGGCGCAGCGCUAUUCUUCGUGAUCAUGAUCCCUAUCAUCUUCGCUGGCGGCGUCGGCUACUGGGCCUACGGCAAAUACCAGACUGACGGCUUCGGUGGACUGGGACAAAUCCGGCUGGGUGAGUCGAUAGGCUCGACCUCCAGCGGAGAGUCCCCGUGGAUCACAGUACCUGUGGCUGUGAUCAGCGGGGUCGUAGCGGUUGCGAGGGCGACGCCACUACUUGUUAUGAGCCUGUGGCGGAGUGCAAGGGGCUAUAUGCCUCUUAGCAGUGGGUCGAGGGGUGGCAGGUUCCCUGGGGCGGGCUCUGGGCCGUAUAGGAGUAGGGGCGCAUUCGCCGACAGGAGGGGACAGACUGACUAUAGUCAGGUAGUCGAGGACGAUGAGUUUCUGGACGGGGCUUUGGACGACGAUGAGGUUUGA